AUGAUGGGCACUGUUCAGGAAAUUGCAUUUGCAUUUUCCUACUCUGCUAAACGCCAGUAUCACUUUAAACUUGCCAUGAUGGAGAGCGAAACCGCCCAAGAAAAGAUGAAGAAAAGGGAUAAACUUAGAACCCUCUGUGAAACUAGAUGGAGCAGUCGACCUGAUGCAUUGUUUACUUUUAAAUCAUCAUUUGACGUCGUUGUUGAUGCUUUGGCCGAACUAGAGCUAAAUAGUGAUUCUAAAGCUCGUGCCUUCCGUUGCUCAAUCCUGAAGUUCGAAUUUAUUGUUGCGUUAGUUGCAGCGGAGAGCAUUCUACAGUACGUUGUUCCCUUAUCAAAAAUGCUACAACGGAUAGAUAAUGACUUGGUCACUGCGGCAAAAGAAUCCAGAGUCGUUAUCGAUACCCUAACCGAACUACGUACACGUGAUGAAGCCUGGGAUAAACUAUACACAGACGCUACAAAACUAGCAGAAACAUUUGAUGUCCAACCUACGAUGCCUAGACUAACUGGAAGACAGACCCACCGAAGUAAUGUUCCUGCUGCUGACCCGAAGGAGUACUGGAAGCUGUCGUUGUUUUAUCCUUUUCUGGAUCACCUCCUUAGUGAACUAGAAACUCGUCUCGUAUAUCCCAGUGACCGGUUUAGUGCCCAGUACCUCGUGCCAUCUAACCUCCACAAACUCAAUCCUGAAAUAGAGGCCAAUCUCUUUGUUCCAUUUGCUAGUGAUAUUUCCGAUGAGAUGGCCGCAUUGCAGGAAAGUGAACUUUCUAGGUGGAAGACAAAAUGGCAGGGACAGGAUGACAUUCCAGAUUCCAUUUGUGAGACACUGCGUCAUGCUAACACUGAUCUGUAUCCAAACAUAUCCGUUGCACUGACAGUGCUACUAACCAUGCCAAUAUCUUCGGCAACUGCUGAAAGGUCUUUCAGCGCAAUGCGCAGAAUCAAAAACUACAUGCGUUCUACAAUGAAUGAAGAGAGACUCAGCGGUUUGGCACUCAUGCACAUCCACAGAGACUUUGCAAUUGACGUUGAUGCUGUGCUGAAGAAAUUUGCAUCAGAUGGCAAUCGUCGGAUAGCUCUCGCCUUCUCUUAUUAG